AUGGAAGGAAACAUAACGAAAGGAGAGCUUAUUGUUGGUGGAAAUGGGCGGGGUUCUAGUCUCAAUCAAUUCAAUGGUCCACUUUUCAUCUCUGCUGAUGAGCAAUACACCGUCUACGUGUCAGAUCACUUCAAUCAUCGUGCAAUGAAGUGGAAUCGAGAUGCUACAACGGGUAUUGUUAUCAUCAGAAGCCAGGGGAAAGGUGAAGCUCUCACACAAUUAUCACAUCCUGAAGGACUUUAUGUUGACAGUUCUGGUACUCUCUAUGUAGAAGAAUCAAGAAAUAAUCGAGUAACUCGUUGGUCGAAAGGCGCAACACAUGGUACUGUCAUUAUCGGUGAAAAUGCUCGAUUAAAUUGGUCAGCAAGUUUGUGCUUUGAUCGUCAAGGCAAUAUCUACAUUAGUGAAGGUAGUCUAGAAUGGCCUCACCGCAUUCAUCGCCUUUCUAUUCAAGAAAACGCCACGUCUCAGUGA